GGGUACUUUAUUAUUUACAUUCUCGGCAUACUGUUGAUGUGUGUGAACCUAUACAAAAAUGCCUAAUACAUCAUUAGCUCUUCAGCUGAAGAAACUCCAAGCACCACAGACUCAGUUGCUUUUACACAGAAAGAAAAAAGAUUCAUUCCUAUUUGAUCCAAAGGAAGCUGCUAAUUUUGAUAGGGAUGAUAUUUAUGAACUAGGAUUGAGUGGUCUUGAGGAGUUGAAAAAGUUUAAUCCUAAUUUUAGUGCAUUUGACAAUACAUUAUUUGAUGUUACAUCUAGAUUUUUCGAACGUUCUGUUGAAAGUUCUGAAGCCAAUGAAAAGUUGAAUGAUCAAAUCAAAACUUUUUUGACUUUGCUAAGUCCUUAUUUCCUUCUAAAACCAGCUCACAAAGCUUUAGAAUGGCUUAUAAACAGAUAUCAUAUAAAUAAUUUUAAUGUCGACGAUAUUAUGUUCCUUAUAUUUCCUUACCAUGAAACAGUUCUUUUUUCUCGAAUGCUGCAAAUAAUUUACCUGGAAAAAGAUACUGGAAAAUGGCAUUGGCUGUACAAUGUUAAGAAGAGAGGUGUUCCAUUAUCGAAAACUGCUCUUUUGAAUCGAGCUUCUAAAGAUAUGGGUUUUCUAAAAUUUGUAUGUGAUAUGCCAGCACAGGCCAUAAAGAUCCAUGGUAGCCGUGCAUCAGGACUAGGAACUUUAUUUGCAUUUUAUUGUACUACUGUCGUCGGUGGGCUACAACAUGCUGAUCCCAUAAAUGAACUACAUAUUACUCAUAUUUUACCAUCAGUGCUAGCAGCACUUUCAUCCUCCUUAAUUGAUUAUACUGCCUCAGGUUACAUGAUUAUUGCACGUUUAGCAACGAAAACUUGCCUGAGUCCUAAAGUUCUAAAUGUCUUGUUCAACAAAAUCAGUAAGGUAGAGCAUGCUAAAUUACGUUCUGAAACAACUCUAGUUUUGAUACUUCUAUCUCAAAAUAAUGAAGGGAAAUGUGAAUUUCCUGAAAAGGCAGCAGCGAGAAUAGCAGAGGCUCCUUGGUUUAUUUCAAGUUUAAUUACUCUUAAUAAAACUGGGAUUGAUAUCUGCCCAUUUUUGUGUUUAUUGUUAACGACUUGCUUGAAAAGGAUACAGGAAGGCGAAGAGGUUUAUAAGGAUUUUGUUUAUCAGAUGUUGACGAAUGUUAAAUAUAAGUCAGAUACUGCUGAACAGAUAUUUAAGAUAUUAUUAGAAGAAUUCAAUGGAGAAAGUACAGAGGAAAUUAUUAAAUGGUUCAGUGAAGUGAUUAAAGGAUUAGAGAAUUCUUUCCCUCAAGUUUUCGAUUCUGUUGUAUCAGCAGCUCUUUCGGAUGAACAGUCUAAAGCAGGAAUAGCUGUUAAAAUUAUCUUAGGCAUUAACACAUCUAGAAAUGAUCUCUUUCUAAAGUUAGUUCAUCCAAAUGAAGAUGUGCGCUUACAAGCCAUUAAGCAUAUCGGAAAACAUUUUGAACCUAAUCAGUUGGCGUGGUUAAGUCAGACACUUUUAGACAGAUUGAAAGAUGAUAGUCCCAAGGUUGUACGGCAGUUUCUAAGGUUACCAGCACCGAUAAUAUCGACUUUACCAAAAGACAUUUUGGUAAAUAAUUUGCUUUUAGUUAUUGCUCGAUUUUCUGCAACAGAUGAGCCUAUUGUUUUACAAGCAAUAACUAUUCUUAUUAACAACACCACCAAAGAACAUGAAGUAGUUGUCUUAAUAGCUGUUCUCCCAUUCAUCAUCUCUGCGAUGCAUAAAUCAGAUGUCAUUGAAAAUGCUCCAUCAGAUAGACUGGAAUUUUUGUCUAUUCUAAAGUCAUGUGCCACAAAUGAGACAAAUGCUGCUGUAAUUUUGUGGAAAACGAUAGCAGUUUUAAGUGCUAUACCUCCUGUAGAGGUUCUUAUAUCAACGUUUAAAGGCUCCAAACUUUUAAUGGAACAUAGUGCAUUCUGGUUCUCUUCUUCAUUGUUGAUAGGUUCGAAAAUAAGUGACCAUCCAUCACAAGAUAUAGCUGAACAAGUAAUGAAGUUUCUCACCGAAUUUUUACAUUUUCCUGAGCUUGAUACCGUUGGGGAAAUAGGUGAAAUCGAUGAAAAUACACUACAGAGCUGUUUUGAGUUAAGCAUUAAAGGAAAACUUCCUAUCCAGGGAGCAUUGUUCUGCUUAUCUAACCUUUCAAAAUGUAUUCCACAACACAGUUUUUCUCGAAAACCUUGGGUAGAUCCCAAAAAUAAAUCAAAUGCUUUUACAUUAUCAGUGUAUAAGGUUCUUCACGAAGGCUGCCAUUCGAAUAUUAAAGCAGUCCGUGUAGCUUUUUCACAAGUGCAGAUGUCCUUUUUCAAAACUCAUUUCCCAGAUACCGAGUUCCAAAUUUUGUUUCUGCUGAAUGUAGUUAUAUUAGAUCCUGAAGCCACCGGAAAAUGCUUAAAUUUAGUUAUCAAAAUGUUGGAUAAUGAUUCUAGUUUGAUUCCAUCCAUUUUUAAAGAACAAUGUCAGAUAGUACCAUCAUUACUAAUACUGUUAGGUACUCCUGGAGAAAACAUAAGGUCUAAAACUUUAAAGAUUUUGGCCAUUUUAACUGAUUCUCUCUCGACUGGAUUUUUUAGACCUUUAGUUGAAGAACUUGUGAAUCAUUCCACAGAAAUGCUUCUUGACCAUGAGCAGAUUCAGAUUUUUGCUUAUAAACAGCUUUCGCCAUCUAAAGAAGUCAAAAGUCUGUUAAAAGAUGAAUUAGCUAUUUCAAUGGGAAAUGUUCUUCAACAUUUAAUUUCAAUUAUUACGAAUCCUUUGAAUCCGUUAUAUGUGAAGGCAAAGCUUCUUCAAAUACUUGAAUUAGUCCAUUCAAAAGAAAUAUUUCUUGAAAUGCUUCCUGUGGCCAUUCAAUCACUUGGAACAUCAGAAGAAUUAGAUGAGAAAGAGUCUUAUAUUGUUACAUCAAUUUUCAAAAGAUUAAAUCAUUCUAUUACUGAUGUUUUCAAAGAAGAAAAAUUCUGGAAUUCCUUGAAAAUUGCCUUAAGAGAUUCGAAAAGUGUUGUUUUGAGCACAGAUAAUAAGGGAAUCUGUCCUGCAGCUUUGAUAUUAAAUCAGAUCACUAAAGAACUAUUUGAUGAACUUGGUGAUGCAUUACAAGAAAAGGUUGUAUCUCUUAUAAUGGAGACAAUUACGGAUGUUGAAAAUGUUCAAGUCAUUAAUGCUGCUGCCCUUUUUUUUAAAAGAAUUUCUUUAGACUCAAAAAUAUUGGUUUCAUUGUUCACACCCAUGAUGAAUGUUUUUGUUCCAUACAGCCCAAGUUCUCUCAGAGCCAGAACUAGGAAAAGUACCAGUUAUCUACCAUCUCUAGAAACACUUGAAACAAAUGAAUGGAAACGAGGAGUCUGCCUUCUUGAAUUUGUUCAAAAUAAAAAGAAAUUGUCUAACGUAAGCCUUCUGCUUCCUGUGCUAUUUAAUCUUUUAAAAAAGUGUUUACAGUUCGAACAACAAGCACCUGUAGAAUAUGUAAAACAGCUGCUGCUGUCGAGUAUUCUCCAUGUUUGUAAAAAAUUGUCUGAUGGAGAAACAUUGUCAGUUCCAUUGGAAGCUUUACAAGUUGAUGUUGUUGUAGAGUGCGUCAGAGCAUCCCAUAAUCCGCAGACUCAUCACCAUGCCCUCCUCGCUCUCUCCUAUAUUGCUCAUCUGAUCCCAGAUCAGGUACUUCAUAAUAUGAUGGCUAUUUUUACCUUUAUUGGAUCAUCAGUGAUUCGUUUGGAUGAUACAUAUAGUUUUCAGCUAAUAUCAAAAAUUAUUGAAACAAUAAUUCCAAUUCUAGUUAAAUCCCAAAAAGGAGCUGCUCUUGAGGAUGCAGUUACUGUUGUUUUAAGAGUAUUUGUAGCUGCAAUAUUAGACUUACCAGAACAUAGAAGGAUACCACUUUUUAAAAAGUUGAUGAUGACAUUGAAUGAAGGGGAUUUCUUAUGGAUAUUUCUGUGUCUUGUGUUUGAGAAACAUGUAUCUGGUUAUUCUUCUUCAGAAAACGAAGAUAAAUCUUCAGAUCCUGGAGCAAUGCCUAAAGUUCUUAGUUAUGCUUUACAGUUAUGUGCGGAAUUUCCUCCAUCCACUAUUCUAAAAGCAUCCUUGAAUCUUCUGCAAUACAUUUCUAAACUACCGCAUGACAAAGAAACAUAUCUCCUCAACAAGCCAAAAUAUAAAAGAUUCAAUUUUAUUUACAAUAUUGAAGAAAGCACUGGAAAAAAUUUCCGUCAUUACAAAUAUACACUUUUAACAUUUCUUUCAUCUCUAAUGUCAUCCUCUCAGUUUGUACUACAGGUUUCUGAAUUGAGUGAUCAAGAAACAGUUUCAUUGAAAAAUUUAUUUGGGUCAGUUGUUGAAGAGUGUCUGGUUUAUAUAAAAAGUGUAUCUGUCCAAAUUGAACACUCUGUGCAGCAACCAACUGCUAAAUAUUGGAAGGUUGUCUUGAAUCAAUGUUAUGACAUUUUAGAUAAGGCCAAUAUAUUGCUGCCUUCUGAAAUAUUCAUUGAAGUGGUUGGUCAGCUUUUGAGAAACCCCAUAGAAGCAGUGAGGAGGAAAGCGAUGGAGCUGCUUGGAUGGAGACUGCAGCAACCAUCUCCUCUACUUCAGUCUCAGUUACGGGAACUGCUCGAUCCUCUCAUUUUGGUUUUGGAUUCCGUGAGCUCUCAGAAUGCAGUGACCAACGAAAGUUCUGACUCUUAUAUAACUCAGCAAGCAGCCUUGUUUGCUAUCAAGUUAAUGGCAAGGCACCUGAGCACUGCUUAUCUAGAUGAUUUCGUAAAGAUUCUUGCCAAAGUUACUGAUAUUUUAACUUCAGAUACAAAACCGAGUGGGCCAGUUUUUGGUUCAGUUGCCUUAUGUCUUGGAGAAUUAGUUUCAAUGUUAAAAGUGCAUUCACUACCUUAUCUUCCAAAAUUUUUGCCGACUUUGAUUUCUGCUCUCCAUGAUAAUUUAAGUGAUACUAGUGGUGAUGUUCUGCUCCUGAGUAUUGUGACUACUGUCCAAAAAAUUGUCGAAGUUACACCCCAAUUUCUGAGUCCCUACUUAGGUAAAUUGUUGUAUCAAAUAUGCAUAUUAACAGCUAAGUAUGACUUGGAAAUUGCCGACCAACAGCAAAAGGUUCAGUCAUUACAACUCAAGUUAAAACUGAUAAGGCAAAAGAUAUCAAACGAAGUUCCAACGAGGGUGCUUGUUCCAGCUGUUUCUGCAGCCCAUUCAGACCUUUUAGAACACGGCCAUUACCAAGCUAUUGGUCCGUUGAUGACCAUAUUAUCAGACAGUUUCACCUCAGCUUCAGAUCUCAGUUCUGAAACUGUUAAACUGUUUCUUUCUACUCUCGAGUUCCGUACGAUUCAACCUGAGCCAUCUUUGGUUGAAAGCGAGUCUGUUGAAAAUCCAGUGAUUGUGGCAUUUUCGAAGCUCAUUCUCAAACUCUCAGAAUCGUCAUUCAGACCACUUUAUCAGAAAAUAUUUGACUGGGCAACAAGGAAAAAGGCUCCCAGAGAUAGAAUUAUUACAUUUUAUAGGUUGUCUUACCACUUGGCAAAGUCACUUAAAAGCUUGUUCCCCUUGUUUCUUGGUAUAUUUAUUGAAAAUGCUGCUGACAUUCUUGUGAAAAACAAUCCUGCUAAAGAAAUCGAAAAUUGGUUUAGUGGUGAAUAUGCUACCGAAAAAUCUAUUUUAGUUGUUGAAAAUAUAAUUCUGACAUUUUUAACAACGUUUACUAAUGAUUCACAGAAGUGUUUGACAAAAGAAUAUUUUAAUAUAAUCAUGGAACCACUCGUUGAUCAGCUCGAAAAUAGAUCAACUGAUGCUGAAGUUGCCAAUGAAAGGUGUAAGGACAUUCUGAUACCAUGUCUUGCUAGCAUGGCUACUUCAACAGGUGAUGAUUCCCUUUGGAAGCGUUUAAAUCAUCAAAUUCUCCUCAAAACGAGGCACGAUUCACCUGAGGUAAGAAUACUUGGCCUCAAUGCAACUUGCUCUUUGGCUGCUAAAUUGGGCGAAGAUUUUAUGCCCUUAUUACCUGAAACAGUUCCUUUCCUAGCUGAGCUCCUUGAAGAUGAUUUUGAAACAGUAGAAUUCGAAUGUCAAAAAGUUGUUAAUGAAAUGGAAGAAAUUUUAGGAGAAUCAAUUCAAAAAUAUUUUUAGUUAUUUUAUUGGAUGUUACAUGUACUGUACAUAUAAUGUAUACUUAUUUUUGAGUAUAAUAACAUUUUUAUUUCUCUGUUGGUACUUAAAUGUCUAGAAAAUGUCCACAUCUAACCUUAACCACAUCUAAGUCUCAAU